AUGUCUAUGGCGGACGUGACGUCAGCGCGGAGCUCGCCCGCGCCUGACGCGUGCCCUGAGUGCGAUACUGGUGCAUCCGUCACAUCAGAUUUGCAUAAGUAUCAAGUAGCUUGCACAUGUAAACCUGCGUCAGCGCAAUACGCAUGCGCAGAUGAUCCAGGUCCUCCGCCCCCCGCCAAAACUGACACUCCCCCUGCUUUACCACCAAGACCCCCUACAAGUGUGCUGGCAACUAACCGACGGAAUAAUGCAUCCGUAGGCUGCAAUGGCAAUGAGCCGUCAUGCAGACGGAAGAAGUACGCAUGGUGGUGUUGCGGGUGUGGUGCCUUAGCUGCCGCGUUGGGCGGUUUGCUUGCUGCCCAGCAUAUAUUGCUACGGGCCUACACUGCCUCACCUCAUCACUUGGAAACUGUUCCCGCUGCUGUACCCGCCGCUAUGCUGGUGCUGACCGGAGUUUGUAUAAUGAGCUUAGCCAGGAGAAGAAACCGGUACAGCUAUAUGGUAAGAAAAAUUAAAGUGGUCGGAGCGUGUUGUCUGGUCUGUGCGUUGACUUGCGUUCUCGUUACCAUAACAACGACCGUCAUACAUAUGAACAAGCUUCAAACGCUGAAAUUUUGCGAAUACACGAAGCUUACCCGAACAUGCUCGUGUUUUUCAAUGCCACCCGACUCACAGCACAGUAGCGAUGAUGAUGGAGUUCGGUGCGUUUUCGAAGGCGUAACCGAUUGUGGAGUAGUUCAUGGAGCCUUAUAUUGGUGUCUUCGAGGUGUUUUCGCCUUAUCUGUGACUGCAGUACUCGUCUGCAUAUUUAGUUGUAUGCUGGCUUAUCAGCUGCUUAGCCAUGAACGAAAAAAGAUGUAUUGGGAGCAGCUGGAACUCCGUUGUCGGUCUUUGUAUAGACCUCCAACAGGACAAGCUGCCCCCGCUACUGGGAGACCUGCACAGAACAACUGCAGUUGCUGUCCGCAAUGUCAUACAACUCAGCCUGCCUGGGACUUCAGUUUGCAACAUCGAUUUUGGGCGCCUGGUCGCAUAGGAAAUUUGUAUUCGCCAAAUCCAGGAUCAGGAAGAAAGACUUCACCUUGGAGCUGGUUCCCAUGGCCGAGGGGAAAUAGUCAAAAUUCUCGUUGCCGAAUGGAUGGCGUUCCACAGUCGGGUGACAGCGCGUACGGAUUCUGUGAAACGGAGCAAGCUCAAAACCCGCCCCAAUCUUACGACGAACGAGCUUAUCCCAAUUUCAACCAACCCUUUCAACGGGGCCAAAACUCUGGAACAUUCCCUCAGACGUCUCAGUUUGAAUCCGCCCAAUUCAGUCAGUCGGACCAAUUUGCUCAAAGUUCCCAGUUUCAACCUCAAAACUUUCAACCGGGCCAAAUUGGGUAUCAAGAAGGUUUCUCUGAAGGCAACACCAGUUUUGAUGCUCAAACUGGAGUUUGGGGACCGCCCCCGCCCUACAGCCCUCAAGGGAGGAGUGGCAGCCGACAUCAUCUCCAUCACCAAGAUCCAGCGACAACGACGCUUCUUCAUCACCAUCACAUAGACGUACACAGAACCAUAAACCCACACGAACUCACAAACGUGCAACCGCACACGUGCACGAGAAACUCUUAUCACAGCCAAGAACGGAUCAACCCGGAAUUAGUCAGAAUCAACCCCGACUUAGUCAGAAUCAACCCGGAUUUAGUCAGGGUAAACCCGGAAUUAAUUAGAAUUCACCCGGAAUUGGCGAGACUGAACCCGGAAUACAGACUUAAUCAAGAAUUGCAAAUGUAUCCUCAAGAAGGCCAGGAGAGGUUUAACACAUUGCGGGGUCAUUUGGUCCCGUACAGGAACUGUCCCCGGUCCUUGGGGCUCAGUGCUGGGAACAUACAUCGGGACUGCAGGGAUGAUGUGAUGGAGUGUGUUCACCAGAAAAGCAGCAGUAAAGUUUCAGAUCAAAGCGGCGACUCCUGUCAGAAACAAGGCAAAGAAAAUUUGGCUUUUCAAAAUGAUAAACAAUCUCCUAUCAGGUCUUCCAUGCAAGACUGUCACCGUGGAGUGAAUCAGAACACAGAGUCCGAAGUUUAUUUUGCCGACGUGUCCAGUUGCUGUAAUGCGGAUUGUUGCGUAAAUCCGAACUUAUCAGCUCUAGUUGGCACAAUAGAGAAUCACCCGGAAUCCACCUCGGAAUCAGACACUGGGUCAUUUACCUUAACAAGACAGCAGCGGCCGCAACCGCAAGUCGGUUCCAAACGUAGGCCAAGACAAACAGACAAGAAGUCUGAAAAAAUGCGUCCGGAUUUGAAUAGUUCCAUUCGUUUGACAGAACAACAGAUUGAACAACUAAAUAGUUCUUUGAGGAUGAGUGACCGAAAUAUUGAGAGAAUUGAACGAAUCGAUUCUAGAGACAGAUUACACGAUAGGAGUGACAGAAUGAACGAUUCCAGAAUUGAUAGAAGUGACAGAAUGAACGAUUCCAGAAUAGAUAGAAGUGACAGAAUGAACGAUUCCAGAAUUGAUAGGAGCGAUCGAAUGAACGAUCCCAGACUUGAUAGGAGCGACAGAAUGAACGAUUCCAGAAUUGAUAGGAGCGACAGAAUGAACGAGUCCAGAAUAGAUAGAAGUGACAGAAUGAACGAUGCCAGAUUGGAUGGAAGUGACCGAAUGAACGAUUCUAGAGCUGAGCGUUGCGAUAGGCACAACGAUUCCAGGAUUGAAAGAAUGAACGAUUCUAGAAUCAGUCGUUGCGAGAGAAUUAAUGACUCUAGAAUAGACAGAAGUGAUAGACUGAACGAUUCAAGGAUUUCAAGGGUCGUCGAAAGAAUUGAUAUGGAUGUCAGUGAUUCGAGGGACAGGCUGAACGAUUCUCGAGUCGAACGUAUCAGUGAAUCGUCCAGAAUUGAGCGAAUGGAACGAACGAAUGACAUAUUGAAUGAAUCGAGAGGGAGCCGAUUUGAAGACAGACGAAUGUCAGAUUUGAACUCCAGCAUCAGGAUCGAGGGAAGUCCAAAAAUGCGUCCGCACAUAAGCCCGUUAAAGAUAAAACGUAGUCCCAAAACUCAGAUAGAAAGAGAGUUUGCUCCAAUAAACUCACCUUUAUCGCCAAACACAGACGAGUCGUUGUUGUCUGAUGAAGACGGACGUCCGGAAAUAGUUUAUUCAAACGAGCCGGAGGCAAAAUGCCUCGGUCCUGAUUCACAGUACGAGCCAGAGAACAUAAAUAAGGAAGAGUUGAAGACAAACCACCACCAUUGCUACAGCGACACAAAUACUAUGGAUUCGGGCUGGCAAAGUGGUUCCGAGAAACAAGUAACUGAUUAAAGGUAUUUCUAAAGGAAUGGUGUUGUGCUCUUCCUCCGGCCUUAAAGGAUGAUCUUCGACAAGACUGGCCCGAAGGUCUUGGUGACUUUAACCGCUUUCCCUUAGCGGUUGGAAAAAGUUCGUUAGCGAGUUUCAGGGUAUGACGUCAUCGUACCGUUUGUAGGUGUCGCUACAGAUUGCUUCUAAUGAGAGAGACAUCUUAGACAGAUGCCCAUAUACUAAUAGAGACACUCUCGUAUUUACUCUGAUUUUUCAUUCCGUAGAAUUGUGACAUUUCAUUAGUGUUGCUACUAAAAAGUUCUCCACUGAAAAAAGGAAAAAUAAAUAAAAACUUGUGCGUUUUUUACUGUUUGUGAUGAAAAUAAUGUAAUUAUCACUCCCCGUUGAACCAUUUUGAAUUUGAUGCACAUUUGUGUUUUAUUUUUCCAGCUAUUUUGAGAGUUGCAACACUAUAACAUUCUAAUAUUACUUCGGACAGUCUGAUUAAAGAUAAUAUAAUAUUUUAUAUUUCUUUAAUUUUAACGUGUAUUUUAUUAACACGAGUAACAUCUUGAAAUAAAAUAAACUAUGGCGCUAGAUUUAUUUCAACUAUAUUUCGUCAUACCGCUCUUUGCUACAAAAUAGCGAAUAGAACUGAGCAAUAGACAAAAAUAUGACAAUUUGCACACAAAACACCAAACAGAGACAAAGCAAAAUGGAGGGAAAAAUACGAUCGAAAGUAAAAACACCGCGCCUACAUUUUAAUUUGUUUUUAUAGAGUUUAUUUUAUUUCUUUAUGUUUGUAUCUGAAAAGCCUUGAAAUCGUGUUCACUAUUACGAUAAAAAUUUCGACCUUUGUGUAUUGUAGUACUAGAUUUUUGUAUAUAGCAUAGAAUUUUUUGUUCUCUUAAUUAAAAUACUCAAUAAUUAAGUAAAGGGCUUAAUACGCACAAUUGCUGUCUCAUCGAGGCAAUAAUACAAUUUAGUGAUUUCAUGGUUUAAUGAAAUUACUAAAUUGUAUAAAAAUAAAAAUCCACCUUCUCUUGAUUAUUUUAAAGAUUAUUAAGGAUUAUGAAGGUAAUACAUUUUAACGUUAUAUAUUUUUAUGUAUUUACGAUAUCUCGAUUCCCGAUCUAAUUUUCAAUUUAUAUCAACUGCAACUCGUACAAUUUAACUUGUCAUUUAGCCCAGUAGUAUUAGCAUUUGACUUUAUAUUACUAGGUGGAAUCUUCAUUUCUCCAGGUGUGUAGGCUUUCGUGUCUACUUCACGCGCGUUUAAAUCCAAAAUGGCGACCAUCGAAUUACCCAACUGGGCUUAUUUACGAUAAGAAUUAAAAAUAAUGAAUUAAAUAAUCUCAUAAUAGUAUGUGUCUAUAAUUUAGUACUGUGCCAAUUAGUAUUAAAAUUUAUUUAUAACUAUGGUGAUAUGUAUUUCUAAAUUUAGGACAUGAUUUAUACUUCAUGAUAAAGAUGUUUUAUAUUGUAGGACUAAUUUUGUUCUUUCGGAGUCUUGAAAUAAUAUUCUGUUCUUGCCAAUAAACUGUCCAUUUUGUCAUAAGAAAAUUCUAUUCUACAUUUAAAUUUUAACAAACUUUGCUCCGUCAUAUUAUAAUGUUGUCUUUUCUGGUGUAACGAAAAAGUUUUCGCUCAAAAAUAUUUUUGUUUCGAAUUUUAAAGAUUGUUUUUGUAUGUAACGAAUAAAAAAUCAGUUAAUACAGGAUAGAAAAGCAUUAGAAAAACAGGUAAUUGAAGAAAUAUUGAAGACACAUUUAGGUAUACCAGAAUUGAUGCCAAUUUGAAAUUUAAAAUUAAAUUUACGAAUUUAGUCUUGCCAGACAUUGCCAUAUUAAUACUUCCAAUUGAGCAAUAUUUUGUAAAUAUAAUAAAAUUGUAUUAUAGUAGUAUUUUUAUCUCUUUCAUGAAGAUACUCAAAUAUUUACGUCACAUUAUUUCGAUUAAGCAAUCAAUAUACAUUUAAGUAAUUAAAUCAUUUUUGGUGUGCUAUCACAACUUUAUAUAGGUUUAUAUUUUUUUCUAACAAAUAACGAUGGUAUCUAGUUUCUUAAAAAAAUAUUUAUUAUAAUCACAACAACAUUUAAAAUAUUUUUAACUUCAUGAGAGAGUUUUAAACAUGUACCUAGUUCUAGGAUUAUAAUCAGUGUCCACUAAAAUAGGUUUGUUAUAUUUCAUACUUAUUUAUAUGUUUUACUUAGAUUUAACAUUUUAUUAAUGCAAAGGAAUUGUUAUUAUAUAUUUUUUUUGGCAAUUAGUACAAAUUAUUUGAUUCUAGAAUCAGAUUUGAAUUUUUUAUAUUUUUUUUGCAUUUCGAAUUUGUAAUCUUCUGGUGCUUUUGAUAGUUGGCUAUGAAUGAUAGCAUUUAGUAUAAAAAAUCCAAUAUUUGUAAGACUUAUUGAAUACACCAGAAGAUUUCAUUAGAAUCAAAAUUAAAUUCCUAAUAAUGUUACCAGUUGGAAACUGGAAAUAAAGGUUCCCAAUUUGCGGUUGUCUAAUUUUAUAGAAUUUAGCUUCGUGAGUGUUUAUUAGUUGUAAUACUUUUGUCUCGUUUAGUGCGUAGUUAAUUGUUAGUUCAAUCAGUUACAUGGUUCUAUUAAAAGACUGAAAUCUUA